GUCUGCAUUCACCAAUACCUUCUCAGAAGGCCAGCCCCCAGGAUCAGCUAAGCUCUAGCUACGGCUAUGGCGGUCAGAGGCGCCAUGCUUUGUGCUGGCUGCUCGAGGUAACAAUGGGGCUCCGGGACAAUCCUUGUAGUUCUUCCCCACGAGUCUACAAAUUUGAAGCAACUUUGAAGUGGCGGUGCACGAACCGUGAAGGGCAGCACUUGGGAGCAUUUGGGAGCAUAGCAAUUGGGGCAGUCCUACUAGCUGGCCAUCAUGAAUCAGUUCACAGACGACGUCUUGCGCCACAUCUUUGGUCGCCUGAGCUCCCCGGAAGCUCAAGCGGCAUGCGCCCAGACCUGCAAGAGUUGGAAUAGACUGGAGCGUGAAGCCAGGCGUGUAAUCCAUCUCAAUGCAGCUGCUGGCAUACUUCCCGCGCAGUUCCAAUGCUCCUACCCGGGGCAAUGGGUUUCUUUCACGCUGGCUGACAGUGCCCCCGUCAUUGUGGAACCAGAUUACAAGACUUUCAGCCUGGAAAGCUUCGGGCACAGCGCGGAUCCUUGGCUCGACGUGCUGGGGUUCAAGGUGUCGCUGACAUCGCUCACACUGGAGAAUGUCCACGUCAGCCACGGGGCGCUGGCGGCUUUCCUCCGCCGACGAGGGGGCACUCUGAGGCACCUCCGGUUAGAAAGUGUUUCAGGGGUUGAUGGCGCAGCGAUGGGGUUGAUCGCUGAGCACUGUCAUAAGCUGGAAUCUCUUGCCGUGGGCUUAGAGCUUGGCUCGAGUUUUUCCUGGGCCACACACUUCUUGUUGUCUCCUUCCAAGGGAUCCCUCACUGGCCUCUCAUCCAGCGACUGGAACACUGCCCCACCCGCUCUGGUUGCCCCGCUGAUCUCAGCCUUCUCAGGUCUCCAGAGCAUCGACCUUUCCAGCGUGGAGAUGUGGUUCUUCCAGAAGGAUGGGAGCAGGAUCUUCGCGGCAGUGGCAGGGCUGCCAAAGUUGACGACGCUCAAGCUCCCCUUUGCAAUCGGUCAGCAGGACCUGUUGCUGUUCCAGUCAGUCCUCCUGCAAGUUUCCAAGCUCGAGUUGUUUGACGCUGAGGGUUUCGCGCAAGUGGCCCCCAGUCUCUCCUACCUCGUAGAGCUCAGCGCGUUUGGGUCGCUAGAGAGGUAUCGCCAAAUAGGCCUGCGCUGCAAACGGCUUCAGACGGUUUCAUUCCAGUCACAGGACGGGGAGACUGCACCAGUAGAACUGCGAGGGUUGCAAUCUGUUCUGUUGGGGUGCAAGCGAUUGCAGGAGCUUUCGUUGAGCGACCUGGACUUGGGGGAAAUGCAUGCCGCGCACGAGAUCGCGGCGAUCACUGACGAGUUGUCGAGGUUAAGGGCCCUUAGGUUAGGCUGGUACUGUCACAGUCGUCCCAUAGCGGUAGAACGCAGGAACACGUGUCAGAUUCUAGAGAGCUGUGCAAAUCUGACGCACCUUGAGUUGUCGUUUGCUUCCGAGUCCCAUUCGCGCGACCAGGAGCUGGAGUCAGUGUCGCAGACGUGUAGAUCGCUGCGUCAUCUCAAGGUGGAGCGAGUUGGAAGCUCGGACCGCAGUCUGGCUAUGAUAGCGGUUAACUGCAAGGAGUUGGUUAGCUUAACCCUGGUCCAGGUAGCGGUGGGAGACGUGGCAGUAGCGGCCAUUGCACGCCACUGUAAGAACUUGAAGAGCCUACGGCUGGUGGACAGCAAGCUGUCAAAGUUCGGCGUCUCAGAGCUGGCGGCGGGCCUCCCCAGUCUAGUUACGUUGACCCUGGAGAGGAAACAGAAGGCGGUGCACCAUGUAGCUGGGACAUUCCGUCAGCAGCGCUUCAUGCACCUUCCUCAGAGCGUGAAGCGGCCGUUUGACAAGAUUGGGAGCCAGUUCACGAAGGCGAGGCCGCUCUGGGUGGCGGAGAGCUACGCGGGGGUGCACAGGGCGAGCUUGGUGGCUUACCCGGUGCUGAUAACAAGUAACGGUGUCCUUUGGUGUUUUGCGCUGCAGUUGUGUUGUAGAGCAUACCUUAUGAUACAUAGACCCUUGCGAGGGCAAGGAUUCGUUUAG